AUGGCUAUCCACCCCGAUUACCCGGGGCUGGAGGUCACCGUGGACGUCGGAUACAGUCCAUUGCUCGAGUACCGUGAUGGCGAGACAGAAGACAUUGGUGCUGAGUGCACCAACUACGUCGAAGCAGUCUCAGGCGCAGAGUACGGCUUUGCCCUGCGAAUUGACCCAAGCAUUUUCCCUCACGCCAAUCGCCACCUUCUCGUCAAGUUCUUCGCGGACGGUCGCUGGAUUAAGACAAAAGACUUUACCUCGGAGAUGAUCAAGGAGCGCCCGGCGUUGAAGAGAAGCAUCUAUCAUGGCAAGUACGAAAGGAGGCCACGCGGUGCCGUCACACGUCCAUUGCUAUUUUCCGACCUACAGAUGACUGAAGAUGAUGCCACUGACAAGUGGGGCAAUCUGAAGGAACUCGGUACCAUCCGAGCGGAGUGCUACACCGCCAGGUACAAAUUUAGGCCAGAAGAUUAUGGCAACCCAGGCAUUCGUAGCCACAAUAUCCCCAGCGACCGGUCCGUGAGGCGACAAGGCUCCAAGCUGCCGCAAUAUGUCGUGGACGACGUCGGGAACAGGCCGUACUCGACCAUCGAAGGUGGCAAAAUUCCCGAGAAAUGUCUGAAGGGCCAGGCAGUCAGUCACCAGACGACAUACGGGAGAGGCAUCCCGCAGCCGCCACCACUUCCCUUCACUCACCGCCUCAUCCCCAAUGGCAUGCCAUUUGCACACUUCGUCUUCAGGUAUCGCUCGCACGCUGCUUUGCGUUCUCUGCUUGUGCUGCCGAGGAGUCCAUCACCACCCCCACCCGAGGAUCCGGUGAUGGAGGACUGGGACGUCAAGGAAGUACUUCCCUUCGAGAUGCACCGCGCUGUCAACCCGCUCAAGGGUGAGCGCAAGCGCGACCUUGUCGCGGUGGAAGCUGAUGACGAUGGCAGCGAAGCCAGCGAGGAGCUGAAUUGGGAGGACUAUCAGCGCAAGAGGGCACGCUUGAUUGGAGAAGCGGAGGUGGUACAGCUGGAUUGA